GCGCCGCAGGCCGAUGUGGUAUUGGUCUCAAGGGAAGGGCAAGACAGGCGAUCGACGGACCGGAGUGGAUCAGGUAUUGAGCAGCCAGUAUGGUCAUGGAAUAAGAUGUAUCCUGAAGAUUCUCUUCGCUUCCUAGUUUUAGCAGAUUGGGGUGGUUUACCAUAUCCUCCAUAUAACACACCAAUAGAAGUCUCAGUCUCAAAGGUUAUGGCCAAUAUUGCAACUAGUUUUAAAUCAGAAUUUAUUCUAGCCCUUGGUGAUAAUUUCUACUACACUGGUGUUAAGGAUGAACAUGAUAGCCGGUUCAAGGAAACAUUUGAAAAUGUGUAUACCGCUGAAUCACUUAAUAUACCAUGGUACUUGGUCGGCGGUAACCAUGACCAUUAUGGUAACAUCUCUGGACAAGUUGCAUACACAAACAUUUCCCCAAGAUGGAAUUUCCCAUCCCUUUUCUAUACUCUGACAUUUAACAUUCCAAAUUCAAAUUCAUCAAUUUUGACACUAAUGAUUGACACGGUGACCUUGUGUGGAAACACAGAUAUGUUCACGGUUGGAGCAGCACCGGAGGGACCUGAGGACUACUUGGCUGCUGAGGAGCAAUGGGCCUGGAUUGAACAAAAAUUACAAAGCUCAGAAAAAUUUGAGUAUGUUAUAGUUGCUGGCCACUUUCCUGUAUGGUCUGUUGCUGAGCAUGGACCCACAGAAUGUCUGGUAACAAGGUUAAGACCACUUCUUAACAAGUAUAGAGUAAAUGCUUAUUUUAGUGGACAUGACCAUAACUUGCAGUAUCUUAAAGAAGACAAUUCAACUGUGAAGUAUUUUGUAAUUGGAUCUGGAAACUUUGUUGACCCAUCUGUUGCUCACAUGGACAAUGUUCCAACCAACUCACUCAAAUUUCACUAUUCUGAACCAGUUGGGGGGUUUGCUUACAUCACAGCAACUUCCAAGAACUUAACACUGACUUUUGCUGAUGGUUAUCAAGGAAAAGAUAUCUACCAAAAUGUUAUUCUACCAAGAUCUCAAUUAUUUCCUUAAUAUUUUCUUAUGUUUUUAAAUAUUUAAUUCUUUGUUAGCAUUCAUAAUGUUUUAAUGUAUUUUGAUAUCAGCUAUAAUAAUAAUUACAUAAGGAUUUUAUAAUGUAAAUUACUGUGUAUUCAUAUUUUGGUAAAACCUACAAGUUACUCUAAACUCUUAAUACUGUAUGUAGUUCAAUUUCUAAGGAAUUUAGAGUAGUUUACUACAUUUUAACUAACAUUACUUAUGAUGUCAUUGAUGUGCCUUACUGCGGAGCCAUGCAUUUUUUUAAAAAUAUUCUGAGCAUAGCUAUAUAUGGCUAUUUACAAUUUUUUGCCAAAUUGGUAUUGUAACUUUGAUCACUUGAUUGUGUCUAUUGAUGUAGAAUUGCUGGUGAACUCAUUUAAAUCAGAGGUAACAAAGUACUAAAAUAAUAAUAAAGUAUGAAGAUAAUGGUAGCACUUAACUGUACCAUGGUGGUGAAAUUUUUAGUGUACUUACAUGUAGUAUCAACUAACUAAAUUGAUAAUACUGUGGUCAAAGCAUUCCUUGGCUGUUAUAACAAUUAUAUCAUCAUUUAAAAUGUAUGACAAUAUGAGUAAAGAGUGAGACCAAUAGUUUUACAAAAAUUAAACUGAUUCAUAAUAUUCAUUGCUUAGACCACAAGUUAACACAAUAUACUGUAAGUAAUUUUUGUAUCUAUGCCCUCUCGGUGGUCAUAGACAUUACUGUGUAACAAAACUACGUUCAGAGUGCACUGUUACAAACAAGAUGUUUAUAUUAAAAAUCAUUGACAACAAAUAUGUGUAAUACAAAAUGAACAUUUUUUUGUAUAAGUGGUGUGCAAAUUGUAAAUAAAGAAAAAUGGAUAAGAAUGGCAAACAAAAGAAAACUAUAAACAAUUGGAAUAAGACAAAUGACAGUUUUAUUGAUGAAGUUACAUUUUACGGCACUUGAUUAGUUGCAAAUGAAGCUAAGAUAACUUUGAUUUAUGCUGCCAUGGGUGUAGGUCUCUGAACCUCUUACUGUAUAUAAUAUUGUAAACAAUCAAAACUCGCUUGAAUGGAAAAGGCCUCACUGUUUCAUCACUUAUAAAUGGCUUAGGAUUUGGACUACAGUGAUCAUUUUUAUAAAUUGUAACAUAAAUGUUAAUAGAAACUUGCCUACCCAACACAUAUGCUUGAGAAAAUUCAAUUUGAUUGCAUUUUGCAUUUAACUGGAUAGGGUAAAUUAAUUUUACAUGGGUACUGUUUAGUGUUGAAACCAUCAUGUUUUAUGAACAAUUUUCUGUCAUGAAUUGACAUCUACAGUAAAUAUAAAAAUCAGAUGUGGCUUUGUUAUUUACCCAGUAACGUAUGUUGUCUUGUAAUAGAUUGGGGGUGGGGGGGUGUGUUCAAUGAUUAGGGGAGGGGAAACUACCCAACUAAAUAAGGUUGAUUUGAGGAUAAUUUUCUUUUCUUUGUAUAUUUUCAGUAGGGGAGCAAUAUAUGGAGGGGGUGGGGAGAUAAGUGUUUUGAGGGAGGUGGCAUCCCCUAUAUACGUAACUGCAUUUAAUCCCAAUCACAGAUAAUGUAUAGUGUGUAAAUAUUAAUUAAUACAAGAAUGAUGGUAACACUAAACCUGAACUUCUACCUCAAUGCAAUAUCAACGAAAUCAAUUUUUAAUACUGUGGGUAACUAUUUAGUUUUAUAAGAUUGUAAUAAACAUAAUGAAUGAGAAUAUUAUCAAAAAUUGAGAACAAGGUGUUUUUUGUUUAGAAAUAGGUGUUCUACACUCUAAAAAGCUAAUUUAAGGCGAAGUUUAGAAUGGCAACCAAAGAAAAGUGUUAACAUUUGAUAAAUAAAUGAAGUAAAUCUGUUAUUGACAGUUGAAUACAGUAGGUCAAAUGAAAGUCUGCCCUCUUUAUCCAAUAAUAGCAAUAUUUAAGAAGUCUUACCAUCACUGCCAUAAAAUGUUGUAAGACCUCGAUAGAACUGGCGUUGCUGAUGAAAUGUGCAACAUCAAAGAUGAUUUUGUUUUAUUUUUUUGCUAGGUGUUGCUUUUGCUCUGUGUGUGUGAAUAUUAUUAGAGAAUGCAUAUUAACCAACAUGUUAUGAAAUUUUUGUAUCAUCAGCUUUAAUAAACAACUGAUUUUUCGCUGACUAAAUACUAACAUUGCAACAAGUUUGAUGGUAUACAGUAUAUGUUGUGCACCAAAACUUCUAAAAGUUAAAUAAAUCCUGUAAUGCUUUUUUGGUCAUUUACAGUAUGUACCAGUACAGUAUGUUAUUUUAAAAGAAUGUUAAAAUUUGAUUUUAUAUUUUAGGACAUUUUUCCUAUUUGUAUUUUUGUUUUGUUUUUAUUAUUACACUCUAUUAUGAUUAAAGUUCAUGUUUUGUCAUAGAAAUAUAUUUCCUAUUUGAAAUCAAGAUAUUUUGUAAAUUUUAUGCAUUAAUCAAUUAUAAUUUAGUAAUACUGUAUUAUAAAUAUGUGCUUCUUAUUUGCAGUCUUGUAAAUUAAUGUAAAUAAUUAUGAACAUUUUUAAUUUUAAUAAAAUACUGUGGUUUUAAAUUUAUACAUAAUAUUCAUAAUAAAUGUUUUAAAAGUAGAGUUUAAAUGUUUUUCUAUUUUUAUUGUUAACAUAAUAGACGUGUGGCCUUCGGAUUGAAAGUGUUCAUUGUUUUUUUCAUAGGCGACAUUUGUUACAAGCUGGCAACAAGGUGAACUCUCAUCACCAGCUCUUGGCUCACACAGAAUGGGAUAUGUUGCCACGCUGAAUUUUGAAUUUAGGUGCAAAUAUGACCAAAAAAUUGUACACGUUUUUACUCAGAAAUGGUAUUUUGAAGCUAGUCCGUCACUGGAAUAUUCGAUUUGAAUAUACAUUGUAUUAGGUAUCAUACGGAAGGUACUAAAAUUAUCUAUGGAAUGAUGAAUAUGACAACACAUUAUGUUAAUUUUCUUACCCAAAAUCUAUCAAAAAAUAUGUUUUUUUGAUAUCUUUAGCUGAAUUUAAUACAGUAAUGCAUGUUUUAUUAAAUAAAUACGAAAAAAU